AUGGAAGGACAUGCGUUUCCCGACCAAGAGCAGCUCUUGCAGUUUCUGAGGAGGCUCAAGGAGGUUUUCGACGUGUGUGACGAGGAUGCUGACGGCUUCAUCCGGGUGGAGCACUUGGUGGACCUCGGUCUUCAGUUCGGUCAAGGAGACGAGGUGAAGAAGUUGACCAGGUACCUGGAUCCUAACGCCCAUGGGAAGAUCAACUUCAAAGACUUUUGUCAUGGAGUGUUCGCCAUCAAAGGCUGUGAGGAGAUACUGAAGAUGGCGGUGGGUCCUCGCAGUGUUACCUCCAACCAACCGUCUGUUACUGACAAUGGUUACAUUUACCAGAACGGCGAGGCCAAGCUGGGCCCUCCCAUUAUCAUGUGUACGCGGUCCUACCCAGAAUGCAGUGUGUAUGGUGAGGGCGGUGGCGCUGACGGGGAGUGCGACAUGGACAGCAGCACUGAAAACGCCAGCAGCUCUGACUCUUUGGAUCCAACGCGGCACGACAGCCGUCUGAUUGGCUCUGCAUCUGCGUCCGUCAUCUCCGGGGAGGAGCAGUUUGAAGACUAUGGUGAGGGAGAGGAUGUGGAUUUCACUCCCAGCAGUCCUUGCCCUGAAGAUGACACCCGAACAAAUGGCUUCUCAGACCUGGGAUCCUCCCUUCCCUCCAGUGCUGGGCAGACUCCGCAGAAGAUGAGGCAGCUGUAUAACAGUGAGCUGCUGGACAUCUACUGUUCUCAGUGCUGCAAGAAAGUGAAUCUGCUCAAUGACCUGGAGGCUCGGCUUCGAAACCUCAAAGCCAACAGCCCUAAUAGAAAGAUUUCCAGCACAGCAUUUGGACGUCAGCUGUUUCAGGCCAACCACAGUGUGUUUGGAUCCAGUCAGGGCAGCAGCACUGAGGAUCUGUUCACAGACAGCAUCGACUCCUGCGACCUCGACAUCACAGAGAAAGUCAGUUAUCUGGAGAAGAAGGUGACAGAGUUGGAAAGCGACAGCCUGGCCAACGGUGACCUCAAGUCUAAACUCAAACACGAGAACACACAUCUUGUACACAGGGUGCAUGAGCUGGAGGAGCAGGUGAAAGAUGCAGAGGCCAAGGCAGAUCAGAGUCUGGAGGAGGAGACGAAGAGGCACAGGGAGGUUUACAGCAAGAUGGAGAGGGACAGAAACCUGGAGAUAGACCUGCUCUGCAACAGCAGGGUGCAGCAGUUAGAAGAGGAGAAUGGAGAAAUGAAGUUGAAUGUUUGCAGACUCAAGUCUCAGACUGAGAAACUGGACCAGGAGAAGCAGAGGAUGACAGACAAGCUGGAGGACACUAGUCUGAGGCUGAAAGAUGAGAUGGACCUCUACAGGAAGAUAAUGGACAAGCUGUGGCAUAACCGCCACGAGUUUCAGAAGGAAAAAGAGGCCAUGCAAGAGUUGAUAGACGACCUCCGCCGGGAGCUGGAGUAUCUGCAGUGUUUUAAGCUGGAGAUGGAGCAUCCAGGAAAGGGCAAGGGGCUGUCUGAGUACAACGCCAGGACCAUUGAAAUGGAGCAUGAAGUCAAGAGGCUGAAACAGGAGAACCAUAAGCUGCGGGAUCAGAACGACGACCUGAACGCUCAGAUUCUCAGUCUGAGCUUGUACGAGGCUAAGAACCUGUUUGCCUGUCAGACCAAGGCUCAGUGCCUGGCGGCCGAGAUCGACAACGCGUCCAGGGACGAGCUGGUCGAUGCUUUGAAGGAGCAGGAGGAGAUCAACCUGCGUCUGAGGCAGUACAUGGACAAAAUCAUUCUGGCCAUUCUCGACCACAACCCCUCCAUCCUGGAGAUCAAGAGUUAA